CAAUGCAAAGCCUCCAACAAAAGAGCCUCAAAACCCAAACGCGAGGUUCGCAGGUCGCAGGCAUACCAACACAACUUUAUAAUGCUUUAGGAUAUCGCUCAAGCCCAAUGCGGCUUCUCUGCGACGGCAGCAACGUACUGCAGAGUUUUAAGGGGGACGAAAGCUACAUUUGGGGGUUUGAGUGUGACACUUGCAAAGAAACAGGCUUCCGCCUUAUUGGCUCGAAACAUGCACGUGCUAUCGACCAUGAGUGAAUAUGGCGGUUCAGACGAAAGCUAUUCAGAGACAAGAGCUCUCUUUGGUCGCGGUGCCGCCAACACCGAUUUCGUCGCAGAAGCCGAAAGCUGCCCCACCUUCCCUCCCCACCCCCUUAGCGGUGCAAUGCGCCACAGCCAAGGCUGCAGCAGUGCCCAAAGGCAACAACCCACCAGGUGAGGGCUUUGCUUGUGGAGAAUUAUUUGGUGAACCGGCUGUCUCCCAUUACAAGCUCCACUUCAAUCGCCGCUGGGGCACAUGGAAAGAGAAGUCCGUCGGGGUUGUGGCCAUCAUGUGGGCAGACAUGCGCGUGAGGAUGGAAGACAUGCAGCUUGCCAAGUUGAUGAAGGCGAUCAAGGAGCGUUUGUGCGAGGCCUUGGGCGAGGAGGCCGUGGUGGCGAUCGUGGACGACCAGGUCGGUGAGUUGGACCGGAUCUUUGUUUGUUUGUUGGCCCGGGCGGAGGACUGCAUCGAAGUCCGCAAGGCGUGGAAGCCGAUGACCUUUGGAAAGGCGACGGCCACCUGGAGAGAUACUAUUGAUACUGGGUCAAGUCAUAUGACUCCGAGACUCAAGGCUUGCUGGAACCCAGAUGGGCUGGCGAUCGAUGGAAUGAGCAUUGAGUUUCCAGCUCGUUGGGCCCUGAAAGAUGUGGGUCCUGUAGGAAAGGCUGCCAGAUGUCAAGAGGGUUCUCAUUGGUACAACUUUGCCUCUCUCUUCGGAACCGUGCUGGAGGCAUACAUAGUGGUAGCCGCACGUGCUGAGACUGUCAACCUAGUGGUUCAUUAUUCGUCCAACCGCGGGCCGUAUACUGCCUACAAGGCGUUGUCGGGGAGAUGCUUGUACAAUCCAAUGACGACCGCCGAUUCCCAAAACUCCAAAGCUAAAGACUUGUCAGUGCUGCGCGCCACCUAUGGAACCUAUGCUAGCCUGCUGUCCAAAGCGACGCGGGGUGUACUGUCCUCCAUGACACUUCAAUGGACGGGUAAGGCAAUACCCUUGCCCCAAGGUACAGAAACCGAGGGGCCCAUCUUCGAGCUGUAUCCCUUGGGAGGGGCCAUCGUGACGUCGAAUGAAGUCUUCCGAAUGGCACCUUGGGGCCCGCAAGAGGUGAAGAUCGGCAAGACUCGCAAAUGUCAUCUCUUCAUGUCCGAUGAAACCGCCGGCGUCUCCAACAUCCAUGCGGAGCUCACGCUCUUGGCGCCGGUGAAAGGCUCCGCGCGCCAAGCCCGGCUCUUUGUGUGCGAUCUAUCCAAAAACGGCACCUGGGUGAACGAGCAGCGCAUUCCAAAAGGCCAACUACUGGAACUCCGCGAUGGCGACGUUUUACGCCUUGCUGAGGUGCCACGCUACGCUGUGCGGCGCUUCGAGUCACUGCGGCAGUGCCAAAGUGCACAACCUGCGAACAAGUCAGACCCGGAGUUUUAUGUGCCUCCCUGCCCGUAUUUUAUCCGCGAGGUUAACACCAAGGCACCUUUCUCAGAGGUGCCACGAGUACCAGAUGAGGACUGUCUUCCAGGUCUUUGCAGGUUGAGUUCCUUUGCUCCUCGAGCUCGGGAAGUUCUUUUUUUCAAGAUAUUUUUGUUUUACAACUGGGGUGGGGUAGCAUGAAGGGGAGGACAAUGAACCACCAACAACUGUUUUGUGUUGGCCGCCUCCAAGAAUGAGUUGGAAGUUGCCACAACCCUGCUAGGAGGAUGGCUCCGGUGCAGACAUGCCUGAUCGCAAGCGGCAGCGAACCUGA